AUGAGUUGGGAUACUGUGCGGCUAUAUUUCAUAAGGGCACAGGGCGCUGGUGGUGGUGUUGUGGUGGUGAUGAUCUUUGAGGUUAUUGAAUUGGAUAGACACAAGUUUGAAGCAGUGAUAUGGUUUGAUAUCAACCUUGGAACAAGCAAAGGAAUGCUUGUAUCCAAAGAUUUAGAUCUUCACACAUGUAUAGAGUUACUAAAAACUCAUUCACUCUUCAAGGGCUGUCGUUUCAUUGUUGAUAUUUCGGAAAGAGUUUUUGGAUCAACAAGCAAUGAACAUGUCAACACAGAAACUCAACAUGACAAUCAAAACAAAUGCCAACAGAUAAUGGAAAUAGAUAUGGUUGAAGCUCAAGCAAUAACUGAAGAGGUGCUUCAAACACAUGUCAACAGAGAAACUCAACAUGACAAUCAAGACAAAUGCCAACAGAUAAUGGAAAUAGAUAUGGUUGAAGCUCAACCAAUAACUGAAGAGGUGCUUCAAACAUUUGAUUCUAUUCAAGUAGAAGGACAAAGCAUUAUAGAGAUUGACAACGAACAAGCUUUGGGUAUUCAAGUCUUAGAGAGUGCAUCGGUAAUCGAAGAAGUUGCUGAAAAAACCUCUACUCAACUAACUAGACGAAGAUCAAAUUUGAAACAAAAAGAAUUCCCAACUACGAUAUUAAGAGAAAAUGCUUCGUUGGAAGAAAUAAAAGUCGGAUCAGUAUUUAGCAAGAAGAAGAGUAUAAUUAACUGUUUUUCCAAUAUAGCAAUUAAAGGAUAUUUUGAAUUCAAGGUUGUUAGAUCAAGCUCAACAAGAUAUUCGUUGAAAUGCAAUGAUGAUAGGUGUUGUUGGUGUGUGCGUGCUUUCAGAAUUAAAGAUUCAACACUGUUCAAGAUAGUAAAGAUUGAGAAAAAGCAUGACUGCUCCAUUAACACUAUGAAAGCAGAUCAAAGGCAUUCUACUUCAAAGUUGAUUAGUGGUUACAUUAUCGACAAUCUUCGGGACCCAAGGUUUGAAGUUACACCAGCUUUUGUCAUGGCAGAGAUGCAAAAAUUGCAUGGACUAGACAUUGGAUAUCACAAGGCGUGGCGUGCUAUUCAACAUGCUUCCGCUUUAAUAAGAGGAACUCCCGAAGAGAAUUAUGAAUUAUUGUCUUCAUACUUGUAUAUGAUGACAAGUAAAAACACGGGAACUUAUACUAACAUAAAGAUAGACGACAACAAUAGACCGGUGAUUGCUGUUGAUGCAACUUUUUUGAAGUCAAAAUUUCGUGGCGUUUUAAUGAUUUCAGUUUCAAAGGAUGCAAAUAACCAAAUUUUCCCACUAGCCUUUGGAAUAGCAGAAUCUGAAAAUAACAAUUCCUAUGAGUGGUACUUUAGUCAGCUUCGCAAUGCAAUUGGGAGCCGUGAGAAUUUAAUUUUUUUAUCAGACAGCCAUCAAGCUAUUGCAAAUGGAAUUGCAAAGGUAUAUCCUGAAAGCCAUCAUGGGAUUUGCAUCUAUCAUUUGGAGCAGAACCUAAAGCGAAGGAAGGUGAAAAGUGAGGUCAUAAAACUUUUCCAAAGUGCUGCAAGAGUAUACAGGCGCAAAGAACUUGACCUAUACAUGUCAGAUAUAGCAAAAGUAGAUAAAAAGACUUAUGACUACUUGAUGGAAGAACCACCGGAAAGAUGGGAACGUUCUUGUAGUCCAUGA